AUGAGAUUUCUGCAAUGUCUUUCGUUGUUCUCGCUUAUUCCUGUUUCGUUGGCUAUUCCUUCUGUUGCCCGUCAGCCACGCAAUCAGUCGGUCCAUGAUGAACCUCUUGUUAUCCAGCUGAAACCACAGAGCACCGUUACUCGUGAACUUGUCUCUCUUGAUGGGCUGUGGGACUUUGCCCUUGGUGAUGGCAACGAGACUGCAUCGCCAUGGACAGCACCAUUACCUAAGGGUCUUGAAUGCCCUGUCCCAGCCUCAUAUAACGAUAUCUUCGAGGAUCCCGACAUCCACAACCACGUUGGCUGGGUGUAUUAUCAGCGGGAGGUGAUUAUCCCACGAGGGUGGUCCCAGGAGCAGUACCUGGUACGCGUGGAAGCGGCAACCCAUAAGGGCCGGAUUUAUAUUAACAACUAUCUUGCUGCUGAGCACGAGGGCGGCUAUACUCCCUUUGAAGCGGAUAUAACAACUCUUGUCUCAGCAGGUGACAAAUUCCGAUUAACUAUUGCUGUUAAUAAUGAGCUUACACACGAGACAAUCCCUCCUGGUACAAUCGAAGUGCAGCCCCUUACCGGUAAAAGAGUGCAGACAUACCACCAGGACUUUUAUAAUUAUGCCGGUCUUGCCCGCUCUGUUUGGCUUUAUUCAGUUCCCCGCCAGUACAUCAAGGACAUCACUGUUGUUACUGGUGUUGAUGGUGUGACUGGGCUUAUUAAUUACACUAUCCAAACUUCAAAUGAGACCUUUGGGGAUCUUGAGAUCGCCGUGCUUGAUAAGGACGGGCAUACUGUAUCAAAUGCUACCGGGCCUCAUGGCACCGCCACUAUUGACUCUGUCCACUUAUGGGAGCCCGGUGCUGCUUACCUAUAUCAAUUUGUGGUCAAUAUUGUUAAUCGGGAGAACCACAAACUCAUCGACACGUAUACACUCGCUGUGGGAGUCCGCACUGUGAAGGUUGAGAACAGGCAGAUCCUCAUCAAUGGCAAGCCAUUCUACUUCAAGGGAUUUGGAAAGCACGAAGAUAGCCCAAUCAGAGGCAAGGGCCAUGAUCAAGUAUACAUGGUGCAUGAUUUCCAGCUUAUCAAUUGGAUUGGUGCCAACUCCUUCCGCACCUCACACUACCCCUAUGCCGAGGAGGUCAUGGAGUUCGCGGACCGUCAUGGAAUUGUUGUGAUUGAUGAAACACCUGCUGUCGGCCUCAGCUACGCUACUAGCCUUGAUAUCCCCAGCCCAGGAACGUUUGCACCCGACAAGAUUAAUAACAACACCCGCAAGGCUCAUGCGCAAGCUAUUCGAGAACUCGUGGCCCGGGACAAGAACCACCCGAGUGUGGUGAUGUGGUCAAUUGCAAACGAACCUGCCUCUGAUGAAGAAGGGGCUCGUGAAUAUUUCAAGCCUCUCGUUCAACUCGCGCGUGAUCUUGACCCCCAUCGCCCUAUUGUUUUCAUAAAUUCGAUGUUGGGAACGUAUGAUGUUGACCGGAUCUCUGACUUGUUUGAUGUCGUUUGCCUUAACCGGUAUUACGGUUGGUACAUACAGACCGGAGAUCUCGCGGAAGCCGAGGCAGCCUUAGAGAAGGAGCUUCACGGCUGGGUUGAGAAAUUUCCGCAGAAGCCAAUUAUCUUUACUGAAUAUGGUGCUGAUACACUUGCUGGUCUCCAUUCUAUUUUCAAUCUGCCAUGGAGUGAAGAGUUUGAGGUCAAAUUCCUUGAGAUGUACCAUCGAGUCUUUGACCGAUUUGACUCGGUAACUGGAGAACAGAUGUGGAACUUUGCUGACUUUCAGACUAACGUUGCUACCACGCGCGUGGAUGGCAAUAAGAAGGGCCUCUUUACUAGGGACCGCAAGCCAAAGGCCGCUGCUCAUAGCCUGAGGGCUAGGUGGAAGGGCAUGGAGGCUACCAAGUGA